ACGGUUUAAAACCACUAGGAAUAUAUGGACGAUCCCAGACAUCCGAGAGCGUCACGCCCCCUAUAAUAUUGAUUUGUUAUUGAUUUUUCUGUGUGUUUUUAGGGUUUUGAUGUUGAGCAAAACAACUAACAACAACAGGCAACAGAUAUGCAGUCACUCUAUAAAGGGCUCCGAUGUCAUCUUACAUCCUCAAAUGUCAGUAAAAUAAGUGGUCUUCGUGGAUUCAUUUCCUGUGUUGGCUCUCCUUUGAAAUCAGAAACCAAAUGUAGUUCCCCGUUGGAGUCCUCAGCAUAUCAUUGCCGCAGUUGUGCAUCGUCCACAUGCAGAAUCCAUGGAGUAGGGAUAUCCAAAUGGGGUGCAUUUGGGCCUGCUUUCACUACCAGGUCCAUGACAACAGAUGCUCAUCCCAGGGAACCGGUUUCUGGUUCCACCAAUGACAUAGCUCACCCGCAUAUAAAAUUCAAGAGGCUUGAUAAAACAGCCAGACAUAUUAUGCAGAUUAUUGAUAAGGAACAAGUGCAAGCAGUGAAAGAGCACAGAGAUUUCCCUGAUAUACAGCCUGGUGAUACCGUCCAGCUUAAAGUGGAAGUUCCAGAAAACAAACGACGAGUUCAAACUCUGAAAGGCACUGUUAUUGCAAGAAGGAAUGCCGGGCUACAUUCAACAUUUAGAAUAAGAAGGAUGUUAGCUGGUGUUGGAGUAGAAUCUGUUUACCCUCUAUACUCUCCAAACAUUAAGGAGAUGAAAGUGCUGAACAAGAAUAAAGCCAGGAGGGCCAAGCUUUACUAUCUCAGGGAUAGAAAGAAUGCACUCAAGAAACAGUAACUUAAUCAGAAGGUUUAGUUGUUUUAAGUAGACGAACCUUUGGCAAGUUAAUUAGGUUGAACAAUAGCCUUACUUGUUGCAGUUAUUUGAAGCUUCUGUAAACCUGCAAGCUAGUGUUACCCCUUCAUUUUCCGUAAUAAAUUUUGUUGAUGAGCUCAAUAUAGUGUUUUCGCAGGAUUGAACAGUUUGAUUCUUCAAUUUAUCCACAUCAGGCAACAAUAGCUUUUUGUAUGA